UGUCAUGUCAUUAUUGUCAAACAUUGUUUGAACUUCGAUUCGAAACGACAACGAACAUUGUGUAGAGAUAAUUAUAGCCAUAGCAAUUAUAUUAUUCAGUGGUGUAAUAAAAAUAAACAAUUACAAUAUGAAUGCAUUAACAGAAAAAAAUGUAGAGAAGUGGAACGCAGAGAAUUCCUCGGAUACGCCGCCGCGCCGACGGCGUCGGUCCAGUUUCUUCGAGCGUCGAAGCAUUGUGCCUGAACCUUCUAUGCAUAUUGAUGCUGACGACACUGAAGAUGGAGAAGUGGAUAAUGAGUACUUAAAUCAGUACUACGCACAGUUACAGAGUGAGAAGAAUCAAUGGAAGAAAGAGGUUCAGAACAGACGAGGCAUCCUACAUGAUGCUGAGUUACAGUUAAAACUGGCAAAGAAAUCCGACAAACUCCGAAUCAACUACAGCAUUCUGUCAAACGAAGACAUUGAGUUCCUCCAAGCCAAGCCCAACUUGACAGACCUCGUUGACAGUGUCAGGAACCUGCAGAAAUCUACCAGGGAGACAUAUGCGCUGUAUAAGAGGGCUAUGGAGCUGGAUGAAGUAGUUUUAAGAGACGUAGAAGGGAAAGUGGAGAGGGUUACAAGAUAUUUGUUGGAACGUAGUCAUAAUGAAGUUGAAUAAAGUUGUUGGUAAGA